AUGUUCCUCCAAAACUUCGAAGCGACGAGAAAAAGGCAGCCCAGUGGACCUGUAAUUGCGCAAGAAAUUCAAGUGGGCCCAACCACUAACGAAGCUGAUCUUAAGGCUGAAUCUCGCGCAGAAUCAGUAGCUGAAGUGGCAGAUGUAGAUUCCGGGCCAAACGUUCAAAAAGUUUUCACCAAUAUAAUUCCAAAUUUGGUCAAUCCCGAUGCCGCGUCGCUUUUAUCUCCAUAUACUGCAGAACCAGUUGUUGAGAAGGAUGGUGGUGUGGAAAAUGCCCACACUACUAACUACGAAACGUCAGACGUUAAAAACGCUGGUAUUCUAUCUCCAAUGAAUAAGAUUGGAUGUCUGCCGAGCCUUUCUAGUUACGGCAGUGAACUUUUUUCACAAUCAGCUACCCCAAAGGUACGUAAUGAACAAAAGGAUACUACUGCUUAUGAGUCGGAGAAGGAUGGCCAUUACUACAGCAAUCUAGCUGCCGCAUCGAAAGAGUGGCUAAUGAAUAAGUGCGAUGAAUUCAAACGGUACACAACGGAAGUACAUUUAGACAAUGAAGCACAAGGCAAGGUUCGAGUCGCUCUGGGGAAAGCAGCUCUGCUACUAAACAACAAAUUUGCAAAAUUUGAGGAACUGGUGCAGCAGAAUUUGAAUCCCAUCCCUAACUGUCCGUUCACUGUCAAAAAUUCUGAUCUAGAUGGAUACUGGCAGUUGGUGUCCAUUGAGCUGGACAAUAUGAAAAACUGCUUUGAUGGUUUGGCGAAUUUGCCGGCUAGUGGUUCCGUCGCUGACAAAAAAGACGACAGCGGCGAGGUAUCGGCAGAAAGUAAACAUGGCAAAUCGGAGAUCUCAAUAAAACAUUUCCAGAUUGGUGUAAAGUCUUCGGGACUAGCAACAAAAAAUCUAGGUUCAGAGCGUUUGCGAGCGAUGCGGUGCGAUGCGGUAGCUAAGAAGAAAGCUAGAUUUGGCGUAGAGGAAGCGAUGGUAAAAUUUUUAUGCAUAUUUAAGGAUCACUUUACUGGGUAGUA